AUUUAAUAAAUAAUUUUUGUUUACUAAAAUUGUUGAGACGUUUAAUACGCUAAUUUUGUUAUUUGAUUGAUUUAAACAAAGUCAUAUAAACUAUCGGGCCUAAUGUAAAGCAGUUAUCACUAUGCCUCCAAAAAUACAUGAAUUAAUAAGGGAGGCAUUGUGUGUUAUUGAAGCACCUACAAAAGCGGAAGACAUAGCGAAGUAUAUUGCAGGAAAGAGCAAGAACAAAUACAGCACGGUGCUCAAAAAUGUGAAAACAGCGCUUAAGGAUGGUAUAAGAGACACUGAGAUCCUCACGUAUAGAGACCAUUAUUAUCUUUUGGAAACAACAGAAAAGUGCAUGAGAAAAAUAUUAGAGGAAGACAAUAGUGAUGAUUUCAGUACUGACGAAUCGGAAUAUAUUCAAACAGAAAACGUUCCCUUACACAGAAAAAGCGAAGAGAGCAGUAACAUAAAUACAGAUACAGCUACUUGUACUGAGACAGAGAUAAAAUUUUGCACAUGUGAUCGUAAAGAUUCUUCUGAAAGUCUGAAAUCUAUCUUAAAGCACAGUACAAAAUCAAACGAACAAAAAAGAAAAUUAAGUUACAAAAGGAUGAAUGCCAAUAACAGAAAAAAUAUACCUAAACCAAAUGCGAAAAAAAAGACUAAAUCGGUUAGAUUUUCAAAAGUUUGUAACGUCCGAGAUAAACAAAGACAGCAAAUUAACAAGAAGGAUGUGACAAAUAAGAGCUUUGAAUACUGCAUGUGUAGUAGCUCUGAAGAAACAUUGGAUGAUAAAAGCGUUUUGUCUGUAAAAGAAAAACUUCCAAGUAUUGAAGCAAAAACCCCAAUAUCACACAAUCCAUCUAAUGAUUCAUUAGGUUUCUGGAAUGAAAUCUGUUUAUUAGUAAAUAGAUGUUUGAUUACUAGUUCCAGUAUGUCACAAUCUGAAAAUAUUUCUGAAGAUGUACAGGUUUCAGAACAGUGUGAUGAAGAAAGUUUGCAUUGUAUUAUAGAUUCAGAUGAGAGUAUUUGCAACUGCAGUAAAUUUAACUUUCAACCAAGCAAAAACUUAAAUCUAAAUAAUACAAAAAAUGCAGAUCCUUCAAUAAUAAACAAAAGUAAGAUAAACGAUAAAAUUGAGUCGAAAGUUAUAUCCGUUUCUUACAAAAUUGAUAAUAAAGUAGUUUGUGGUGGAGUCUUAAAAAGAAGUUCUAGCAAUAUAGCUACGGUAUCAAAUAAUACCGCUGCAACAACUAACUUACAAAUGGAAAUGUCUGACUUAUGUAAGGAUGAACCCAAUUUAAAUGCUAAAAUCAACAAUGAUGUCCCUAUAAUAAAAACUGGAAGUAAACGCAAGUCAUCAUCAAUAUCAAAUAAUAUUGAAGAUCGAGAAGAUACCUGCAAAGAUGACGAGUGGCCAGCAAGCCGUGCACGUAUUGAAAAAUCUUUUAAAAGCUCACGCGAACCAGGUGUUGGUUCACAUAGUAAACACUGAAGGAUAGAUAGAAAGAAGAGUUCCAUUUCAAACUAAAACACAAUUGUAUUCCUGCAAUUGAACACAUUUUUUCCCUGAAGAAGGUUUUUAAAACUAGUGGUUCUCUUUGACGCUAAGCAUGAAAACGUCGUAAAUAUAUAUGGGCACCAAAUCAGUUAAGUGAAUUAUACAAGGAAAUUGUGGACGAAAUUUAAAAUCUCAUAUAUUUUUUGACUUUUACGUUUAUAACAAAUCCUAGUGUUAAUAUAAAAAAUUAUUGCUAGAAAUAAGCAAUAAACAAAACUCGA